UAGAUUACAGGUUUUAAUUACGCUUAUACCAUAUAAUGUUGGACAAGUCAUGGGUGCAUCUAUGCAGAGCUGAUCCUGGUUAUGAGAGAGGUGCUCGGAAAUUUGUACGGGAUGUGGCUGCGGCGUUAGGUGACAGUGACAUGAUAAUAUGUCCCUGCAAAGACUGUCGUAAUGUAGAACGACAGUCAGGAAGUGAUGUGGUAGUUCACCUUGUAACUAAGGGGAUGGAUGAGGCAUACAAGAUGCAAGGUGAUUGGUAUCACCAUGGAGACGUGAACUCAGUGGCUGAAGGUGAUAGCAGCAAUGUAAAUGACUGGAAUGAAGAAAUUUUAGAGUUAUACAAAGCUGCUGAGUUUUUUGAUGAAGAGCUGGCUAGUAAGGCUAGAUUAGGUGAUAUUCCAGAGGCUGAAUUAGCUGAGAUUGCAGAGGAUUUAGUUGAAUUCGCAGAGAUCAGUGGCAAAACUGUAAAUAAUGACAGUGAUUUUCCUGCGUAUGGAAACCUCGCUGGCUGCAAAGUAAAAGGUAAAAUGGGCUGUCCUACUUGUGGGAAAAACACUGACAGUAUGUGGUUGAAGUAUAGCAGAAAGCAUGUGUUCAUGUGUCAUAGAAAGGGUUUGGCACCAUCACAUAGUGAAUCCGAGGAAGAUGAGGAAAUAGAAGUUGAUGAGGAGGAGUUAUCAAGAUGGAAGAAAAGAUCAAUUCUUUUCAAGUUGCCUUAUUGGGAGGAUCUCCCGGUAAGACAUAAUUUGGAUGUAAUGCAUGUAGAGAGUAAUGUGGCUAAAAGCAUUGUCUCUACAUUGUUGCAUUGUGGAAAAUCAAAGGAUGGUCUUAAUGCACGGAGAGAUCUGCAACAUCUUGGUAUAAGGAAGGAUCUGCAUCCUAACACACAAGGAAAGAGAACAUACCUUCCCGCAGCACCAUGGUCACUGUCCAAGGCAGAGAAGAAAAUAUUUUGCAAGCGCCUAUUUGACUUUAAAGGUCCAGAUGGAUAUUGUUCUAAUAUAUCGAGAGGAGUUUCAUUAGAGGAGUUUAAGGUAACAGGACUCAAAUCACACGAUUAUCACGUAUUGAUGCAACAACUUCUUCCGGUUGCACUUAGAGGUUUGUUACCAAAAGGUCCAAGGACAGCAAUCUUACGCUUAUGCGCAUUCUACAACCAUUUGUGUCAGAGAGUUAUUGAUAGAGAGGUUAUUUCAGUAAUGGAAGCUGAAAUUGUGGAAACUCUUUGUAUGUUUGAAAGGUACAUGAAAGUUAUGAAAGACUUUGUACGAAACCCCGCAAGACCAGAAGGUUGUAUUGCUGAGUCAUAUCUCGCAGAAGAAUGCAUGCAGUUCUGCAGUGAGUUUCUGAAAAAGACAACAAGUGUGGAAGAAAAACCAGAGAGGAAUUUAGAGUAUGUGAACAACUCUAUACUGGAAGGCCGUCCUAUAUCUGCUGGAUCUUCAUUUACUUUUACUGAAAUGGAGAAGAAUAUUGCCCAUUUAGCUGUCAUUCAAAAUACUGCAGCCUUGGAUCCUUAUGUGGACUUGCACCUGCAAUAUCUUCAAAAAUCAAAUCCAAGGUGUACACGUGAUGCUGGUUUCUUAUGGAAUAUGCAUGCUAAGAAUUUUGCAUCUUGGUUAAAGAAAGAGGCAAGUCAUUUCCCUGAAACUGAACAUGAAGAAACAAUUAAAUGGUUGGCAUAUGGUCCCCGAUGUAGUGCAAGGUCAUAUACUGGUUAUAUAGUGAAUGGUCAACGAUUUCACACAAGCUCAGUUCAAAAGCAAAGUCAGAAUAGUGGGGUUUACUAUGAGGCAACGGCUAUGUGUAGAUCUAGUGCUAAAGAUACUUCACAGGUUGUUGAUUUGGUAUCUUAUUACGGGAGAGUCACUGACAUCAUAUUGCUGGACUACAAUGUGUUCUAUGUUCCUAUAUUCCGGUGUCACUGGACAGUUAAAGGGAAUGGAGUUAAGGUAGAAGAUGGGUUUACUCUAGUAAACUUGAAUCAAAGUCAAGUCAGUUUUUUGAAGGAUCCAUACAUUCUAGCUUCACAGGCAAAUCAAGUCUUUUAUUCUAGGGAAGAUGAUUCAUCAAGCUGGUAUGUUGUUAUGAGAGGUUCUUCAAGAAGAUAUAGUAAAGAAGAUAUUCGAGAAGGAAAUGCAGAAAUGGGUCCAUUGCCAGCAGAUGUGAACAUGGAUGAUGAAAUGGAUGAGUCUGAAAAUGCUAGAACUGACUUUGCUUGUGCUAAUUCAUUCUCUUUUUUAAGCAGUGUGGAGCCGCAGACUAUAGCAGCAGAGCAGUCUCUACUUGAGGAACAUCAUGUAACAGAUCAAGAAACCAUCAGACAAGAGGAAGAACCUGAAGGUGAUGCUGAAGGGACAAUGCCAGCUGAAGAGACAAAUCCAGAUGCAGCUACUGAUCAAGCUGGAGUCAAUGAAGAAGAACCUGAAGGUGAGGUUCAAUUGGAUGAUGCCACUGAGCGUCCAGCUAAGCGUAAGAGACAUAGAGGACCAACAAAGAUGAAGAACAUUGCCAAGGAUCCAACUGUUCGUGAAAGAGUUGACUACACUCUCAUGGGAGAUCCUAUUGGUUCUGGAUCAGUUAAGCUGUCAUCAUAUGUAGGUACACUGGUACGGGAACACGUUCCUAUCAAUAUUGAUAAUUGGAAGAGUGUUGGUCAGGAUAUCAAAACAGUUCUCUGGAGAUCUGUUCAGGCAAGAUUUGAGCUUGAUGAGGAGUUUCAAAGGAUUGCUGUGCUAAAGCAAAUGGGGGGUCUGUGGAGGUCAUACAAGUCACGCAUUGUCAAGGAUAUUAAUUUGGCUCCGAAUAACCAGCAAAGAAUGAAUCUAAGACCAAUGAAUAUUAAUCCAGCAGAAUGGCGUAAAUUUGUCAAACUCAAGACUAGUCCAGGCUUUAAGGUUUUGAGUGACAAAUAUAAAGAAAGAAGGAAGAAACAGAUACCUCACACUACUAGCCGGAAAGGAAUGGUCAGGCUAGCAGAAGACAUGAAAAUUGAGAGUGGAGAUCCAUCUGAAGUGACAAGGCUAAAGGUGUGGGUGAAGUCGCGUACCAAAAAGGAUGGUACGCCAGUGAAUACAAAUGCUGCUGACAAGAUUAGGAAAGCAGCUGAGCUGGUUGGAAGUGAUGCUCCAACAACUACAACAAAUCCAGAGGAGGAUCACCUCUCUCAACUGCUAGGACCUGACAAUCCUGGAAGGCUGAGAGCAAUGGGUAGAGGCAUGAGCAAAACCAAAUUAGCUUGUUUCCAAGUGAAGACCAAGUGUAUGAUUGAUAUGCAAGAGAAGCAAGUUCAGUUAGUAAAAAAGGUGAAUGAGUUGGAAGAUGAAAUUAGCAGAAUGAAGAAUCAGAGACAUGAAGCUGAAAUUGGUGAAAACUCAGCUGCUAGAAGUGUAAACAAAAGAUCACACCCUAAGUGUGUGUUGGUUGACUGGUCGGGUUCUGAUGAAAACAUUGGUGAGGGCCGUAUUCUUUCUUCUGAUCCUGAUGACAUAGUGAAUGACUGUCGUCUAGGCCCUACAGAUCUCAAAGUCUUGGUUGAAACUGCUACUAAACCUGAUGCAUUCCUGUGGAGACCUGCAACAAGAAUGUUUACUAUUGAGGAAGCUGUUGGACAAAUGAUUGCAUGGCCAGCCUCUAAGUGUGUUCUUGUAGACAAGGAGCUUAAUAUAGAAGACAUUGCGCCAACGGGCCUAAGAGCAAAUUCUCAGAACAAAUGUAAACUGUUGGAUUUGUCUACAGAUGAAGUGAUUGUUGCUGAGGGUCGUUGGCAGACACAAGAACCAAGUGCAUUAGUUAAUGGUCUUCCUCUAGGACCAAAGGCUGUCAAAGUUUUUGUUGAUUCAGUGCAUCAACCUGAUACAUUUAUAUGGAGGCCUACAAUGGAAGUAACAUACCUUGAGGACUGUUUGAUGGCUUUUGUAUCAUGGCCUGUGAAUAAAGUUGUUUUUGAAAAUCCUACAACUACAACUGGUCAGAAAUCUCCUCUUCAGAAAUCAGCAUCAACUGAUAGGCCAUCAAGCUCUAAAUCUUCAGCUGAGACAAAGUCUGCAGCCACAGAGGGAAAAGCAGCAUCAACAGUGUCUAAGUCUCCAGCAACAGGUUCAGAUUCUCCUAUUGAGGAUGCAGGUGUUCAAAGCUCUCCUAUAAAGAAAAGUCUACCAAAUCCACAAUCUCCUCUCCGGAAAUCUCAGCGUAUCAAUCAACUUGUUUCCAAGGAAAAUAAGAAGUGCAAGUUGAUGGAUAUUACUGGAAAGAAGCGAGUUGUUGCUGAAGGACGCUGGGCAACAAACGAUCCAGCACAAAAGGUUCACUUUGUUCCCUUGGGUCCUGAUGGUGUCAAAGUGUGGGUAGAUAUUGUGAAGGUCAGUGAUGCAUCCGUUUGGAGGCCAAAUGAGGAAAUAGCCAUAAUGGAGGAUGCCCUUGGCACAGUCAUUGCAUGGCCUGAGGACAAAGUGAUCAUGUCUUAAGGUUUUCUGUCCUGCUACUAAUUCCUUUUGGAUAAUAAGUAGAACUUGGUUUGACAUUUGUUGUGUGUAUUCUGGAUUUAUGAUGUAUGUUGGAUUUAUGUCUUAAGGUUUAAUGUAUGUUGGAUUGGGAAUCAUUGAUGAAUCAGGGUAUUAUAUGAAACAGGUUUGGUGUUUUUCUCAACCAGAAACAAUUGUGAUCAAAACGCAUAUAAUUGCAUAUAAAUAACUGUUACAAUA